UCUACACUCUCUCCGUGCUUUCUCCUUUCUUCUUUCUUCUGUGUUCGCUUAGUCGUCUGUCUUCUUCCUUCGUUCUUUCUCCGCCGCGAAAAAUCCUGCGGGGCUCUCCGCAGGCCAUGCGAAUUAGGGUUUUGUAGAAUUGAUCGAUUUCCGGCUGGAACAGGAGGCGGACACUUCUCUGUUUUACGAUGGCCACUCCGACGACUGCCGCUGCUUCUUGUUCUUCGUCGUUUCUAUCUCCGAGUACUGUCUCCAAGCGCCGUGUUUCACUCUCCGGACGCAGUUGCGGUCUCAAUUUGUGUUCUAGACGGAGUGUUCAGCUCAGCUACAGCUACCGGUCUCUCCGGCUCCGGACUCGAGUUCGAGCUGGCAAGGAAGAGAGUGCCGGCGCGGUGAUCGAGGAGAGGGAGCUGUUGAGGAAAUUGAACGGGAAUGGAGCUGCUUGUGGUAGUGCAGGAAAGUACGGGAGUAACGGAUCGCUUAGUAAUGGAAGUUUGGUUGCGGUGGAGAGCGAGGUCAAUGGUGGGAGUAACGGUCGAUUGAACAAGUACGUGAAUGGGAAUGGUGGUGUUUCCGCGGCGGAGACGGCGGAGGAUGGGAGGAAGAAGCGGAUUGAGGAGGUUGGGAAGGAAGAUGCGUGGUUUAAGCGCUCUGGUCCGGGGGAGGUUGAGGUUUCUGUUGCGCCCGGGGGAAGAUGGAAUAGGUUCAAAACCUAUUCCACCAUUCAAAGAACUGUGGAAAUUUGGGGAUCUGUCUUUACUUUCGUCUUCAAGGCUUGGUUGAACAGUCAGAAGUUUUCUUACAGAGGGGGGAUGACAGAGGAGAAGAAAGUUGUGAGGAGGAAGGCACUGGCCAAGUGGCUAAAAGAUACUAUACUCAGACUUGGUCCCACAUUCAUCAAAAUUGGCCAGCAGUUCUCCACAAGAGUGGACAUUCUCGCUCAAGAAUAUGUUGACCAAUUGUCAGAACUUCAGGAUCAAGUUCCUCCUUUCCCAUCUGAGACUGCUCUUUCUAUAGUCGAAGAAGAGCUUGGAGCACCUGUGGAGGAUGUCUUUGAGCGGUUUGAUUUCGAGCCAAUAGCGGCAGCAAGUCUUGGUCAGGUUCACCGUGCAAGACUCAAAGGACAGGAAGUAGUUAUUAAAGUACAACGGCCUGGUCUCAAGGAUCUUUUCGACAUUGAUCUCAAGAAUUUGAGGGUUGGUAUUUUCAGUGGUGGCACUCCAUUUUGGUUGUUCUUAUCAGACAUCAAUGAACUUGAUAGCCUUCUUUUUCAGGUAAUAGCAGAAUAUCUUCAGAAGAUCGAUCCAAAGUCGGAUGGGGCAAAGAGAGAUUGGGUUGCAAUUUACGACGAGUGUGCAAGCGUACUGUAUCAGGAGAUUGAUUACACCAAGGAAGCUGAAAAUUCAGAGCUCUUUGCUAGUAAUUUCAAGGACAUGGAUUACGUAAAAGUGCCAAAUAUUUAUUGGGAAUACACCACACCUCAGGUUUCUUUCAGAGACACAUGCUUGUUCUUUAGUAUGCUCUUAGGUGAAAUAUGUUCACAGUUCUUUUUUAUUGGUUCAUGCAGGUUGGGCCGGUAUGCUGUUGAAUCUUACUUGGAACAAAUUCUUUCUCAUGGAUUUUUCCACGCUGAUCCUCACCCAGGAAAUAUUCCCGUAGAUGAUGUCAAUGGCGGAAGACUGAUCUUUUAUGAUUUCGGAAUGAUGGGAAGUAUCUGUCCAAACAUCAGAGAAGGGUUGCUGGAAGUGUUUUAUGGAGUUUAUGAAAAGGAUGCAGAAAAGAUUCUUGAGGUAAUGGUCCAAAUGGGUGUCCUUGUGCCUACGGGAGAUAUGACAGCUGUCAGAAGAACUGCUCAAUUUUUCCUUAACAGUUUCCAAGAACGUCUUGUUGCACAAAGACGGGAGAGGGAAAUGGCGACAGCAGAGCUUGGGUUUAAAAAGCCUUUAUCCAAGGAGGAAAAAUUGGCCAAAAAGAAAGAGCGUUUGGCGGCAAUAGGGGAAGAUUUAUUAUCCAUCGCUGGAGAUCAACCUUUCCGAUUCCCUGCCACUUUCACAUUUGUUGUAAGAGCAUUUUCAGUAUUGGAUGGGAUUGGAAAAGGCCUCGACCCUCGUUUUGACAUUACAGAAAUCGCCAAACCGUAUGCGCUAGAGCUGUUGAAGUUCCGGGAAGCUGGGGUUGAAGUAGCGGUGAAGGAUCUCAGAAACAGAUGGGAUAGGCAGUCCCGUGCGUUCUACAACUUGUUUAGGCAGGCCGACAGAGUUGAAAAGCUUGCAGAAACUAUCCAACGAUUGGAGCAAGGUGAUUUGAAGCUUCGAGUUCGAACACUGGAAGCUGAGAGGGCUUUCCAGCGCGUUGCUGCUGUUCAAACUACAGUGGGAAGUAUUAUUUUUGCAACGUUCUCAGUAUGUUUUGUUCUGGCAAUUGAACAGGCUGUAGCUGCAGGAAGUCUUGUUAACCUUGCAACAAUUUUGUAUUUCAAUGCUAUGAGAAUGUGCGAAUGUUGGAAGGAUGGCCAAUUUUUGAGCGUGACGAUUCUGCAGUGGGGCGAACCUGCCCACCAUUUUCAAGGCAUGAGCCGCAGGACACUACCCCCUGUGUAA